CACACACACACACAGACACACACACAGAGACACACUCUCGCUCUCACACACAGACAGACAGAUAGAGAGAGAGUGUGUGUGUGUGUGCUCCUGCGCGCAGUGCGGUGUUGCGGUGUAUAAAGUGGAGUUCGGUGUUGUGGUCGGUGUCCCGGAUGCGCCGCUCGGUUGGACCCCGGAUUACCGCCAGUGGAUUAUAAAGGAAACUGUUUCUUCAUUUCUCUCGUCUUUCUGCUCCUCAGUCACUCAGUCCCGGAGUCUCGCGCUGUCCCUCCCGCGCGCGCCCGCUGCUGCUGCUGCUCCAGCAGAGAGAGGAACAGAGACAGACGGGAGGCGUCCGUGUCAUGGCCUCAGGCCUGUGAUCGCCCGCGCGAGCUUCCUGCCCCGAGACGCACCGAACCAAUCAGGAUGAAGAGCGGGAUUGUGUCGUAUCCGCUGUGCGCCGUCACGCUGUUCAUGCUGGCUCUGACGCAGCACUGCGGCGCCAUCCGAUGGCUGGCUUUGUCGGAGACACAGGAGCACAUUAACAGGACGCAGCAGUGUAAGACGCUCCCCGGCCUGGUGAACUCGCAGUCUCAGCUCUGCCGCACUCACCUGGAGCUCAUGCAGGUCAUCGUCCAGGCCGCGCGAGAGGUCAAAAAGACCUGCCAGAAGACCUUCGCCGACAUGCGCUGGAACUGCUCGUCCAUCGACGCUCCCAAAUACCUCCCGGACCUGGAGAGAGGAACGAGGGAGUCUGCGUUCGUGCACGCCCUCUCCGCCGCCGCGAUCAGCCACACCAUCGCUCGGGCGUGCAGCAACGGAGACCUGAGGCUUUGUACGUGCGGACCCAUACCGGGCGAUGCCCUCGAGCCCGGGCACAGGUGGGGAGGCUGCGCCGACAACCUCCACUACGGCCUCAGCAUGGGAUCCAAGUUCUCGGACGCUGCCAUGAAGAUGAAGAAGAAAACCGGGUUACACCCAAAUAAACUGAUGCACCUGCACAACAGUGAAGUGGGACGACAGGCCCUGAAGGACGCAAUGGUGAUGAAGUGUAAGUGUCACGGCGUCUCAGGCUCCUGCUCCAUCCGCACCUGCUGGCGAGGGCUACAGGACCUGAAGGAAAUCGCUCAGGAUCUGAAGACGAAGUACCUAUCGGCCAUCAGGGUGAAGCACCAUCCCACAGGGACACGCAAACAGCUCGUCCCCAAGGACAUCGACGUGAGACCGGUGCGAGAGAACGAGCUGGUGUACCUGCAGAGCUCGCCCGACUUCUGCACCAAGAACGAAAAGAUGGGAUCCAUCGGCACCCAGGACAGGCAGUGCAACAAGACAUCGAGCGGGAGCGACAGCUGCGACCUGAUGUGCUGCGGCCGAGGCUACAAUCCCUACACGGAGAAGGUGAUGGAGCGCUGCCACUGCAAGUACCACUGGUGCUGCUACGUCACCUGCAAGAAGUGUGAGAGGACUGUGGAGAGAUACGUGUGUAAAUGAGUCGCGCGCAUGUGCGUGCACUCACACACACACACACACACACACACAUGUUCGCUAACGGUCCAAGCUGUGGGAUUCUAGCGCUCGUAGAUGUGUAACACUUACAGCUUUGUGUAUUUGGGAGCUCUGCUGCGGCGUCUUUAACCAGAAGCACUACGUUACGUAUGUUCGUCUCAAGAUUUAGAUUUUUUUUGUCUUUGAGACUGGACUAUUUUUCUUUUACAACAAAAGGCAUAUUUAUCACAUCAUAUCUGGAGGUUUAUUCAUUUAUAAUACUCAAGCAGAAAUGUUUCUUUUGUUAAUAUGGACUGGACUACUUUACAAACUUUUCUCUUAUAUCAGGAGAUCAAGAGUUUAUUUUCCUAUAUGAUAUUCUAAAAGAAAAGUUUUAUUUUUGUUUUUUUUUUGUAUAAAUAAUGCAAAAAGUAUUUUUCACAAUCAUCAAAAAAAUCCUAAAGAGAACUCUGUAAUUUUUUUUUUUUAUUAUCUAGAGUUUAUUUUCUUGUAUAAGACUCACAGAAAAGUGUGUAACGUUUAUUUCUUAGUUUCGAUGUUUUUUCACAGCGACGGGCCGAUCUACAGAGUUUUCAAGUAAAGCGCAUCUACGACCCGGACAAUAAAGUUUUAUUUGUGUGUACAGUACUCAAGGAAAAAAUAUUCUUUGGUAUAAAAAAUUGCAACCAAACCAAACCUGGGACUAUUUUCCAGCUGUAAUAAGGAAAAUUGUGUAUUUUUUGUUUUUAAAUAAAUCCUGUAAAAGCAUAUUUUAUAUUUGAACAUGGAGAGUUUACCCGGCUUCCCUGUGUAACGGAGCCUUCUCACUCGACCUGGAUCUCUCUUCUGGAAAUGGACACGCUUCAACUGGAUUCCAGUUUUGAUUUCUGGGAAAUUAGCACGCUUUGGGAGACGCUGCUUUGUGUUUUUUUUAUUUUAUUUUUGCAAGAACGCGAGUGUUUAAUGGACGAAGGAGAAAGACUGAACCAGACGUGAACUUGCAGAAUGGCUUCUGUGUCUCGGUCUGAAUAAUCCACAAAUAUGAUUCUAACGGGAGAAAAUAUCCGCAUUUAUAUUUUUAUCCUCAGCAGGAUGGUCGCGAUUUAUUCCUAGAUUUGAAUCCAGCGUGCGGAAACCCUGCGAUCAGCACCACAUCAUGAACCACUUAUCUGUGGAUGUACAUACUGUCUUUUUUGUAUGCUGAAUUAAAAAAAAAAAAAGAAAUAUUUAUAGAGUAAUUAAAGAUUGUUUA